AUGGAUUUAAGUGAAGAUCUUAGGAAUUAUCUUGAGGAUUUUGAGGUGGUUGAAAAUGAAAAUAAAGAUUUGAAAGAAAAUAUCCAGCUGGCAAAUGAAUGCAUUGAGAAGCUAAGAGAACAAAUCCGAAAGUUUAAAAUAAGGCAUAAAGAAGUUAGUGAAGAGCUUAAGCAAGAAAAUGCCACUAUCUUAGAUAUGAAAGUUAAAAGUGAAGAUAAUGAGAAGACGAAGGAGUACUUCAAAAAAAUGGUGAAAUGCAAAUUAGAAGAGUGUGAAAAGCUAAAACAAGAAGUGACAUCUCUAAAGGCAGAUGUAGAGAAAGCAAGGAAACAAGAGAGCGAACUUGAUUCUAAUAAUUAUAAUAAGAUGAUAGAUGUAAAGAAGCCUUUGAAAAAUAAGAAGGAUGCAAGAAUUGAAUUUGACAAAUGUUCUUAA